AUGGGGCAGGAUGCAGACGAUGGCCAGCUCGACAAUGAUGACUUCUCGUACCAAGCCUGUUACGUGUUCAAACCCACUUCCACCCUAGAGCUCGACAUCGACGAUCGCCCGAAGAAGCGUCGCAAAACCGCAACUGUUGAGGACAGCUCACCCGCACCGCGGUCCUGGCCGAGGUUAUGUGCCGGCGCCGAGCUAGAAGAAUACGCACGCAGUCGAGAAGAGGCGUUUCGAGAGGCGUGGAGAGUGGCCGAGUCGAGAAUCGAGAAUGGCGCUGGCAGCAUCGAUGAGGCAGCCGUUGAGAAGAUUGUACAAUGCGUCCACGAAGGAAAUAACCCUGCCGAGAGGGUGCGGACUGCUGUCGUGGUCUCGGGAUCCGACACCAGCGCAUUAGGACAAUGCAUCCGUAGACUACGACAGUCCGACGAUGCAGAUCUGGUCGUAGAAUUGCAAGCGAGUCAUGCCCCAACUCUACAGACUGCACUCAGAACGCUUAUCCGCAAUGCCAUCGAGACUCAUAGCAACAUUGGGGAGUACAAUGCUUUUGUCGCCACACAGAAGCGGCAGAUACCCAUGAUCUUUGACUUGGAGUUGCUGCAGAGGUACACUGCAAAAAAGGGUCUGCACAAGGUUGUCGUUGCAAUGCCGGACGCAGAGACCUUCGAUCUAAACGUCUUCUCCGAGCUCAUCACGAAUCUGGCCUCGUGGAAAGAUCGUAUCCAUUUCGUUCUUCUCCUCGGUCUUGCGACUACGGUACAUCUCUUCGAAAGUCGCCUCGCAAAGUCAACAGCACGACUGCUCGAUGCCGAGGUCUUUUCGUUGAAGUCUGAGGGUGAUAGCUUUUAUGAUAUCUUCUCGGCCGUCCAACAGCCUGCAUCAUCCAGCAUAGACCCGCGAAUUCAAGGUACAGCACCACAACUAUACGUAGGACCUUCAGUCGUCUCCGCCCUGAACGACUUAUCCCAAGAUCAAUCCUUGACAAUGCACACCUUCACCGCCGCUGUCAAGUACGCCCACAUGACGCAUUUCUUCGCCAAUCCACUCUCCGUUCUCCUCCGGCCCACGGCGAUCGAUGUAUCUGCGCCGAAUCUGACCCUUUGCGAGGCAAUCCGCAACACCGCCAGCUUUCAAGUGCACUGCUCUAGCAUUCUCGACGGCAGGUUACCCAACACAAACCCUUCAAUAGUUCGCAAACUCCUAGACGACGAUCGCGAGCUGCUGCAAUACUCUAUCGAACAGCUUCACGAAACAUCCAGACAUUAUCAGCAGAAGGUCGCUGCUCUACAUACUCUGGCUACCGUUGCCUCUCACCUCUCUACGGGCAGCAGCGCCACCUCACCAUUCACCCACUACCACCAACUGACUCAAGCCCUCCACCGUGGCCAAGUUGUCGGCUCAGACUCUUAUCAGCUGAUUCUCGACGCUCUACCACCCCUCCCUGGUCCAUCUCUCACGGCCCUGCUGACGAAGCUCUCACCGAACCUCACCUCCAGCGAACCCAUCAACACUCCAUUCAACCUCCUCGGCCACAUCGACCACCUCAUCAACACGAUUCUCGCCCCACCCAGUUCCUCACCACCUCCCUACCUAAACGAAGCACUCCUCAUCACGUCACGCGGCCCCCUCGUUUCCGCCUUCAACCCGCGCCCCCGCUUCGCCCUCGAACGCGCCCUGUCCUCACCCUCCGAUUACCUCGGCUGCGACUGCUGCACCGACACCACAACCAACAACAAAGGCGCCGCCGCAGCAAAUGCAGAAAAGGAGCCCGCAACCGUCCUCUACGGUCUUCUGGCCGAAGCGGGUCGAGAGGUCAACGUCUUUGACCUGUGGAGCACAUUCCGCGACCGCAUGACGCUGGGAAGCGAGACUGACGACCCCACUGGCUCUGGCCGCGGACAGGGACAGGGCGCCAAGGGGCAGAAAGGGAAGGUCUCGACUGGCAAAACUACGACGACGAAGAAGGGCAAGGCCGCCGGUGAAGCGGAUUCCGGCAAGGGCAAGGGCAAGGACAAAUCCAACACCACCGCCGCCGCCGCCAAAAGCAAUAGCAGGACCCGAGCUCCCAACCCCAACGGCCACGAUGCUACUGAGGACUCAAACAACGACAACGACAGCGCCCCGGACGCAGAUCCCGAGCGCCAGGCCCUCACGCUCUUCUACCGCGCGCUCGCCGAAUUGCGGCAUUUGGGUCUCGUCAAGAGCACGAGCGACCGCAGGCUCAAUAAGGGGGUCGAGGUCGUGUCGAGGACGACGUGGCAUGGUUUGUGA